AUGGCCUCGAGCUCCAGUCUCCCGGCCAAGUCGUCGAUGGAUGUGGAUGUCGAUAUGGAUGUGGAUGACACAACCUCGAAAGCCCCUGUCCAGCAAACCCAGCCCGAGCCGUCAGGCACGGCAUCCUCCAAACCAGCCGACUCCCUUGGUCCCUGGCUCCAUCCCAUCGAGUGUCUCAUCAACGGCGCCUGCGACGAGCCCGAUGCCCUCCUGAUCAACACAUACGAGAGCGGUGCCUCCGAGCGACACUCCUAUCGCCAGGUGUGGAGGAGAGCAUACUCGAUCGCCCAGGGGCUCAGGGCCCUCGCCGGCUGGGACGACGCCGACCACGAGGUCAUCGGCACCUUCUGCGAGUCCGAGGUCAACUGGGUGUUCUAUUCCCUUGCAGUGUGGAUGCUUGGCAAGAAGACAAUCAACUUUGGUCUCAACCUGCCUCCGGCUGCCCGAAAGGCUGUGUGCGACAGAUACUCGAUCAAGUAUAUCCUGCACCACUGCGUCAAGCCCGGACGCACACAGGGAGUGACUCUUGUGGAUGCAUCGACAUUCCCGAUGCUGGACGACAUCCCACUGCCCUCGCUUGAGGCGUGCGAGCCACUCGAUGAGUUCGUCACCUAUCUCUCGACUUCUGGAACGACAGGCAUCCCCAAGACAUACAAAUAUUCGUACUUUGGUUCAAUCACCCUUCAUAAAUCGAUUGGGAUCAUCAAUAUUAGCAUCGGACUCUCCCAGGCACCUUCGUUUUCACUGACACUUGGUCUGCUCUUGGCAACUCUCAACCUCCGAGGAUCAGCAUGGAUUCCAGACACAACUUCAAAUCGUGUCGAGAAAGUCCGAAGUAUUUCCAAGAUGCUCAACGAUGGUCUCGAGUUCAUGGGAUUGCCUCCCUCGUUCCUCAAAUUGAUAAUCGGAGUCGGAGUGUCGGAAAACAGGCACAUCGUUUGGCGAAGAACAAGAAAGAUCCUUCUUGGGUCCGAAAUUGUGCCUCGAAGCGUCGUUUGUGAAGCCAGACGCCGCUUCCCAAAUGCCGAGAUUCAGUCCGUUUAUGGUUCAAGUGAGUCCGCAUUGAUAGGUGCCGGAGCUUAUUUCAGUCUCCCGGCCGAUGUCACCGAAGUCCCACCCAAACUUGUGUACAAGCUCUCCAAGCCAGGAGUCCGCUGCCAUAUCAUCGACGAGCACGGCAACUUCAUCGACAGAAGGUUCUCCAACAGCGGCGUCCUUGUCUUUGCUGUCGAUCCCGACCAUCCAGUCAAGGAUCAUCCCAGCUUUGUCAACGCCGACCCGGACAACAAGAUUGGAUACUUUGGCUUCCUCAGCGACGGCUCGCCUCGUGUCUGCACCAUGGACUGGGUCGAGAUGGUCAGCGAGAACGAGUUCACUGUGGUCGGAAGAUUCGACCAGAAGGUCAAGGUCAACGGCGUCUAUGUCGACCUCAAUGCCCUCGAGGAGCUUGUCAACCAGAACCUGAGCCACUCGAUCGCCGACUGUGCCUUUGUCAUGACCUCCGAGAAGCGCAUCGUGAUGCUCUAUGUCCCCCAAAGCGGCCCUGCCAUCCUCCUGAGUCCCGCCAACAUCAUCCUGAUGACCGAGGAGCUCUUUGCGCUCUCGAACGUCGCCAAGGUCCCGAUCCACAACUGCUUUGCGCUCGAGCGAUUCCCCUUCAACGACUCCAACAAGCGCGACCUCAAGAAGCUCAGGCUGUUUGCCGAGAAUGUCGAGCAGUACACUGCGUCGGUCGUCUAUCCGGCUCUCAGGAUCGACAACACUCUCCUGUCCCGCGUCGCUGCCAAGAUCUCUCAGAUCGGCAGCCGGGUCCUGGGCAGGGCCGCCCUUGAUGGCCGCAACUACUACAUUGGCGGUGUCGGCUUUGACUCGCUCAGCGCCGGCCGCCUGGCCCUGGCCAUCAAGGACGAGCUGGAUGUCGAGCUCUCGCCGCUGAUCCUGCUGUCGAACGGAAUGACACCCACCGAUGUCGCCCAGCUUGCCAUCGACAUGCUCGACGACAGACUGAUGGUCCCGCCGACCGUGGAUCUGUACCAGGAAGCCGUCAGGUUCGACGAUGCGGGUGUGACGGCCGACGGCCUCCCUCGGUUUGUCUAUCCCGACAAUCCUCGCGGCAUCGUCCUGACGGGGGCCACUGGGUUCCUCGGCGCAUUCCUGCUGUACGAGCUGGCCAGCAGGUUCCCCAGCGCCAAGAUCUACUGCCUGGUCCGAGCCAAGGACGAGCCGGCCGCCAUCGACCGCAUCUUUGACACGGCCAGCAAGCUGAUCCUCAACCAGCAGCAGAUGCACGACCUCGAGCACAACAUCCGUCCCAGGAUCGUGGGUCUUCCCGGCGACCUGGCACAGGACAAGUGGGGGCUGUCGGACGAGCGGUGGCAGGAGAUCAGCGAGCAGAGUGAUGUGAUUGUGCACAACGGUGCCGAGGUCCACUGGCUCUACAACUACGAGGCACUCAAGGGCCCGAACGUCCUCGGCACGGCGACGGCAUUGAGACUGGCCACGACCCACCACUUGAAGCCGCUCCACUACAUCUCGACGAUCGGUACGCUGCCGAUGAAGGGCUCGGCCCAGCCGCUCGAGGAGCGAAUGUCGCUGAACUGGAACCUCUCUGGCGGCUACGCACAGACCAAGUGGGUCUCGGAGCAGCUGAUCCACAAGGCACGAUCGAGGGGCGUGCCGGUGACGAUCAUCCGACCGGCCGCGAUCGUCGGCGAGAGCCGAUACGGAGCAUGCAACGUUGAUGACUACAUCUGGCGAUAUGUCAAGGGAUGCAUCCAGAUCGGAAUCGCUCCCUCCCAUGCAACCCCCGUCACCCUGACCAUGGACCCGGUCGACCAUGUGGCCAAGGUCGUCACGGCGAUUGUGGCCUCGGAGCAGGCCCUCUCCAACUUUGUGUUCCAUGUCAGCGACUCGGAGAACAGCCUCAUCGCCGAGAAGAAGAUCUUUGAGAUCGUCAAUGCCAUGGGCUGGCGAGUCAUGUUCGAGACACGCGAGCAGUUCAAGAUCCUGCUCCAAUCGGCUCCCUCCGUCGAGACCAACGCCCUGUUCCCGCUGAUGCACAUGCUGAUGGACAUGUCCGUCCAGGUCGACAACCCCAACACCCGCUCGAUCUAUCCGACACCGAGUCUCCCAGCCGAGAAGGUCGUCGAGCGAUGUCUCCGAUUCUUGGACCGUGUGAAAUACCUCCCUGCUCCGGCCGAGCCUGUCUCGCCGCUCCAGACGGACGACUAUCCCGAGGUCAGCGUCUUUGGCCGCACUGGCCGCAACUGAACGGCACAGAUGUGCUGGACCAGGCUGCACCGAUGGGUUGUCCUGAGGCAUGGCCAGCAGUGACCGGUAGUGGCAGUUGAUGCACUGCACUUGGACGGCCCUCGGUGCUUCACCCAGAGUCUCACCAGUCAGAUCCUGGUUCGACCACACCAUCGAUCCAGUGUCCUCGACUGAGUCCUCGACUGAGUCUCACAGCGAGGACACUCUUCCUUCUGUCGUUGCUUUGUAUUGUGCUUGUUCUUUCCAUCUCCGCCCCAACCUUCCCCUGGGCUGUUUCCCACUUGAUAUCCACUCGCUGUUCUUCUCGUUUGUCGGCUGUCUUGUCUCGGUUGUCUGUUUGGCAGAGUAUGACUGGGAGUAUUGCACCAUCAUCGCCUUCAUGCCACUCAAUACAGCGACGCUUUCUUUGACUCGGCUGAGCAGUUAUCGCCAAGUCCCAGAUUUCCAC